UGCGACUGCGGCGGGCUCCGGAACGGUGCUGGCUUGCGGUGCGGUGGUUUUUUUUCAAAAGUAGGCCUCCCUCUCUCCGGACCAUGGCUACCGACUCGUGGGCCCUGGCAGUGGACGAGCAGGAAGCAGCUGUCAAGUCGAUCAGUAAUUUGCAGAUCAAGGAAGAGAAAGUCAAACCAGAUACCAAUGGUGUUAUAAAAACCAGUGUUACUGCAGAGAAAACAGAUGAAGAAGAGAAAGAGGACAGAGCUGCUCAGUCCUUACUCAACAAGCUGAUCAGAAGCAACCUGGUUGAUAACACAAACCAAGUGGAAGUCCUGCAGCGGGAUCCAAAGUCCCCCCUCUACUCAGUGAAGUCUUUCGAGGAGCUUCGGCUGAAACCACAGCUUCUUCAGGGAGUCUAUGCCAUGGGCUUCAAUCGACCAUCCAAGAUACAAGAGAACGCACUACCCAUGAUGCUUGCUGAGCCCCCACAGAACCUGAUUGCCCAGUCUCAGUCUGGUACUGGUAAAACAGCUGCCUUUGUCCUGGCCAUGCUCAGCCGAGUGGAACCAGCGGAGAGAUACCCCCAGUGCCUAUGCCUCUCCCCAACUUACGAGUUGGCGCUUCAAACAGGAAAAGUGAUUGAGCAGAUGGGCAAAUUUCAUCCGGAACUAAAGCUUGCUUAUGCUGUUCGAGGCAAUAAAUUGGAAAGAGGUCAGAAGAUCAGUGAGCACAUUGUCAUUGGCACCCCUGGGACUGUCUUAGACUGGUGUGCCAAGCUCAAGUUCAUUGACCCCAAGAAGAUCAAGGUGUUUGUUCUGGAUGAGGCUGAUGUGAUGAUAGCUACUCAGGGCCACCAAGAUCAGAGUAUCCGCAUCCAAAGGAUGCUGCCCAGGAACUGCCAGAUGCUGCUUUUCUCUGCCACUUUUGAAGACUCUGUCUGGAAAUUUGCCCAGAAAGUGGUUCCAGACCCAAACAUUAUCAAACUGAAACGUGAGGAGGAGACAUUGGACACCAUCAAGCAGUAUUACGUCCUGUGCAGUAACAGAGACGAGAAGUUCCAGGCCUUGUGUAACCUCUACGGGGCCAUCACCAUUGCUCAAGCCAUGAUCUUCUGCCAUACCCGCAAAACAGCCAGUUGGCUGGCAGCAGAGCUCUCAAAAGAAGGCCACCAGGUGGCUCUGCUGAGUGGUGAAAUGAUGGUGGAGCAGAGGGCUGCGGUGAUUGAGCGCUUCCGAGAGGGCAAAGAGAAGGUUCUGGUGACCACCAACGUGUGUGCCCGUGGUAUCGAUGUUGAACAGGUUUCUGUUGUCAUCAACUUUGACCUUCCCGUGGACAAGGAUGGGAACCCAGACAAUGAGACUUACCUGCACCGGAUCGGGCGCACUGGCCGCUUUGGCAAGAGGGGCCUAGCAGUGAACAUGGUUGACAGCAAGCACAGCAUGAACAUCCUCAACAGAAUCCAGGAGCAUUUUAAUAAGAAAAUAGAAAGAUUGGACACGGAUGAUUUGGAUGAGAUUGAGAAAAUAGCCAACUGAAAAGCUCCACCAGUCCCUGCACAGGAACCUAGUGCUUUCAUAGCAUAGAUCUGGACAGUCACCGAAAGACAAAGGCACCUACCUCAUUUUAAAUUACAUUUGGACUUGACAAAAAUUAUGCAAAUGAUUGAAAAAGGUUAAAGGAAAAUUUACAUUUUGGAAAAUUUCGUCCUUUUCCCCCAUUUUUUUAAGUUACGGUUUCCCCCAUCUUUGUAAUAUUCUGGUCACUGUUGGUAUCACUGGCCCCAGGAUCCCAUUCCUGUUUUCCAGCUGGGGGUGCUGGGACCAUCCUCCACCCCUGUGCGAGAGGCCCGCUGCCUGGAUGGAGCAUGGGGAGCGGCAACAGAGAGGCCUGCGAGCUGUCCCCCUCCUCUGUCCCUGAGACCAGUCACAAAUGUCUCCUGCACUUGGGGCUAUCUUCCUUCUCCUAAAAUCCAGAGGUGUCCAGUUAAUCUCUUUAACCUCUGUUCUGUGUGCCAGAGGGUAUCUUUGUUUCUCCCUGAGUAAGCAUCUUGGCUGCUUUGUAAACCUCGGUUUGGGGAGAAACACGGAAGUUAGUGAAUCUUCAGACAGGUUCGUUUUGCAAGGGUAGGUGACUCCUUUGAGGAUCCAGGCCUGACUUGCCUCUUGGCAUUUGCUCUAUCUGCUCGGCACCUGGUAGUCAGUCAUGGUAGCCAGGAGACACUGGGCAAUUUUCUGACACAUGCCUGGCGGAGCGAGUUGGUUCUUAUCCAUGGGGUGUCACACUAUGCCUGGAGGUGAGCGGCACAGUUUGGAAAGGAAGUUAUGACUAAGUGAAAACUUGGAUUAUGCUGUUCAUCUGUAAUAGUGGACCUAUUGGUUACUUUAAUUCAUAUGUGGUAUGACUAUGGACACAUAAAUUAGAGCUAUGCCCAUCAUUCAUUAUGUUAAGAAAUUUUAAAAUAAUUAUGAAACAUUUUACUAAUCUCGGUAUGUGUUUAUUUCUAUUUUUCUGGUUAUUAGACUAAUACAUGUUCAUUAAAAAAUGUAUUUGGGUGUGUACCUAUAUAAAAGUGCAAGUGCUCUCUAUCCCCACCUCUGGGGUCACCAUUGCUAGCAACUUGGUGAACAUUCAAUAUAUUGCCUUCUAUUUGCAUACAUCAAUCUACUUUGCUUUUUAAAAAUGUGAACAUUCUAUUUACACUCUUGUGUAACCCGCCAUUUCACUUACCAGCAUAUUUUGUUGAUCUUUUAUUGUUAUCUUUGUGAAUCUCUUACCAGCAUAUUUUGGACCUGUGACACAUAGAUCUGUGUCACUGUUGACAAUGGCAUCAUUCCAGUGUGUAGCUGCUCAGCAUUUAUUUCAUGGCUCCUCUAGUCAUAGGCAUGUGGGGGUUUCCACUGUGUUGUGUUGCCACAGUGCCACAUGAAUAUCCUCACUCAUCUCUGUGCCCUGCUGAGACUCCCUCUAAGACGUAUUCCUGGAAGUAGAGUUGUUGGGUCAAAGAGCAGGGACAUUUAAACUUUUAAUACAUUGCUAACUUAGUUUGCCAAAAGAGUUUUACCAAUUUUAUGUUACUGCAAUUAUACAAAAAUACUAUUUUCUUACCUGUUUGCUAAUCCUGUACAUUAAUUUUUAAACCUUUGCCAGUCUGUAUAGCAAAAAUAGAUUACAGCAUUGCUUUUUUGUUUUGUAUUUAGUGAGGUUUGGCAAAUUUUCAGUUUAUUGGAUAUUUGUAUUUUCUCUUGGAAUACUGGCCAUUCUUGUCUCACAUUUUACUAUUGAAUUGUCAAUCUUUAAUGAUUUUUGGCCACCUUUCUAUUUUAGGGAAAUUAAACUUUGUUUUAGAGUGGUAGAUGCUUUUCUAGUUUAUCUUUACAAACUCAUUUUUCCUUACUGCUAUACAAAAGUUUGAUCUUAAUGUUAAAUUUCAUUUUUAUUUUAAGAGAUCCGGAUUUUAUGUCACGGCUAGAAAAGCUUUUCUCAUCCCAUUAUUAUAAAUUAUUUACUCUUGUUUCCUGUAGUGGCAGUUCUUGGGCAGUAAAUUUUCUAAAUUCUUGUAACAAAA